AUGCAGUUCAAGUCUCUCAUCGCCGUUCUGUCCCUCAUCGCCGUCGCGGCUUCCGCUCCCCAGGCCGCCUCCGACAAUUUCGCUUCCGCGAACGUGUCGCUCUCGACUGGUGUCACCACGCAGACCUUCACGGCCACUCAAGUCUUCCAGAGGUUGAUGUCAGUGCCGCCAUUCGUUACCACCAUUACAACGCACACCGUGUUCACGGCCACGCGCACCGGCACCUUCGCCAUCCCCACCGGCUCAGCCUGA